AUGAGAGAUGGUAUUGAAUCAGAAUCCAAUAUCAUCCACGCAUUUGAAAACGAGACUGGCCAGAAGGUACACAAGUACGGUUUUAAUCUAUCUGAGACACACCCAUUUUUAGGUGCAUCUCCUGAUGAAGUCAUAAAUGACAGCGAGAUUGUUGAAGUCAAGAAGGUUGUUACACAGAAUCUGUUCCUUUUGACUCUGUAUUUUGGGAGAGUGUGCUUCCAAAACUUGAGCAAUUCUAUUUUGAUAAUGUAUUUCCUGAACUUGUUAAUCCACGAAUUUUUCAUGAACAAACAAGGUGGAACAAGGACCUGCAGUUUCCACAGCUAACAUAGAAUUAUAAGCAAAAAAAACAGUAUUGCUUAUUUAAAAAAACAACAACAUUUGCAGGGGUGGGGUAAUAAAGCUUGAAGUGACUUUUGACAUCUCUUUUGCCUUUUACAGUUUAAUUACUUUGUAAUAUGUCAUAUUUGAAUGUUGUUAUUAUAUUGCAGUUUUUAAGUCAUAACUGUGUAGGCAAUAGGUUCAACAGUUUAUAACUGCAACUUGUCCUUUACACUCGUGACAUAAAGUUUAUUAUUAUAAGUUGCAAUAGUGGUAUCAGUAUUAGUAUAGAUACAAUUCAUAUUAUCAUUAUUUUUGUUAUAAGAAGGCAUAAGGGCAGUUUGAGGGAGAAUCUUGCAUUUCAUGAGAAGUAACUGAGGGCAUUUUUUUCCAGACAUUCCUUUAUGAGAGUUAAUAAUGUGAACGGUAUUGUCUGUGAUGCUGAAUCUUUACUUAAUUGGUCAUUUAGUUACACCCUAAUAAAUAGAAUAGGCCUUCAUGUAAUCCUGGAUUAUUAGUCGUACAUACGUCCGUUUUACUUUAGGUUCAGUUGGUAAAGUGUGAAAUUUCAUAUUUGGUGAAUUUCCCCAGUUAUUGGUGCAUCCAGCUACACAACAGCUAAAUUUGCCCAUUUUGAUUUACAUGUAAGUAGCAUUUCGGGUUUCAAGUAGAAAGUGCAAGAAAACAGCUGAGCGUCCCCCAAAAUAGUCCCACUCGAGACAAAGCCGACCCAGUCUCACGCACAACCUCAAAAUGGCCAAUGGCUUUGCUAACUUGUUUUAUGACAUAGCUAGAAUUGUAAUCAAAUUUAAUAGCGCGCGAGCAUGCUUCAUAUUCUUAUUGACGUCAGCAAACUAACACCUCAAGAAAAUUUUUUUAUCACGAGUGACUUUUUAAACGCGUUGGAAAAAGAGCAAACCUUAGCUUAAAAUAGCUACAAGCCAACCGGUUGACGAGGAAGAGCUUCCUAAUUUUUCUCUGGGGCUAGAAUUUUUAAACCCCAAAAAGGGAGCAAACGAGAAGGAUGCAAACGGACAAGUGACACCUAAUCGUUUCGCAACCUUGAGUGAGUCCAAGAUGCAGACCAUCUUAGAAGAAAAGCAUGCAGCAAGAACAAAACAACUAACAAACUAGUCGAUUAACACAUUCAAAGGUAAAUAAUUCCACUAUAAAAACAUUUCAUUUUAUUUAUAGCCGGCACAGAAACAGUAAACAUAGCAAACACAGAUCUGUCGGUCAUGUAAACAUUUCAGAGUGGCGGUUUGUAACAACUUUUUGUCUGCCAGUUAAUUAAGUGAUAGCAGCUUUUAAAAGGUUUCUUUUUUCUUUAAGAGUUUUGCAAUAUGAGUUAAAAAGUUUGAUUAAUUGAAAUUUUUGCUUUUAAUUAAAGCUUGGUCCAAAGAAAAAAAGAUUCAAAUGCCAAUUGAGCAAAUGAUGGUAGGACAACUAGAUGUAAACUUUUGCAGAUUCUAUGCCGAGGCAAGAAGUAAAGCAGGAGAGCCGUACAGUAAAUCUACUCUUCUUGGACUCAGACAUUCCUUUGAGAGGUGCCUAAACAGACCUCCUUUUAACCAAGGUUUGAACCAGAGCUCCGAUCCACGUUCCAAAACAUCAAAUGAGAUGCUGAAUGCGCAGAUUGUCCAUUUAAAGUACCAAGGAAAGGAGAAUGUGAAGCACAAGCCAGCGAUUGAAGAUGAAGAUUUAAAGAAGCUUAAAACUUCUUAA